AUGAUAGCCUAUAUAUGGAUGUUGCUGGCAAUAUCCUCAACAUUUGCAAUUCCAGCACCUGCUCCUAAUACUUUUGCAAUCCGAUUGGGUUCUCCAAAGUUAAAAAGGUCAAAUACAACGCAGCAGCCUCCAUCAUAUGCUAUUCUGCCUGUUUCCACACGUGAUAAUGAUAAUUCGUGGACAGCUGCAAUCCCAGUCGGAACACCACCAAUAACUGUAUAUUUACAAGUAGAUACUGGUAGUGGAGCAACCGUUGUUCUCGCGCCAUACCAGCCUUCUCUCUCGCAAACUAUGAAAAAAGAACCAGGAGAUGAUAUUACAAUAGAAUUCGCGAGUGGAUUCAAAGUUUCUGGACCUCUUGUAAGAGAUGUAUUUAGGAUCGGUCACAUCACAAUUCCUGAUUAUAAAUUUCUCGCUGGAACUAACAUAACGGGAGAAGCUCCGGGUAAUGGUAUCUUGGGAUUGGGCAUAAAAUCACCGAUUCCUAGUGAUAUCACAAUUGGUACUCCGUUACUUGGAAUACAAUUAGUUAAAGGAGGCGGAGGUCAACUUUUGUUCGGUGGCAUUGAUCAUUCAAUAAUUAUUGGAUCAAUCACCUACGAAAAACAAACCGUAAAAGAUCAAUGGAUAAUCCCAUUAAAGCUAGUAUUCACCAGUGGCGGUGUAGAGCUUUCCGCCGACUCUCGCAUAAAACCCAACAGACCAAUCGAGAGUAACGGACUAAUUGACUCGGGCUCGACAGUAGUCUACGUCGAUGACGAAUUAGCCAAUGCGUUCUAUCGAACUAUUCCCGGUUAUAAUAUUUCUGCUGAUGGAUUUUACACGAUUCCAUGUGAUAUAAAAGUUUCAACGUUGCCUGUUGUGAAGUUGUUGAUAAAUAAUCGAGAGUUUCCGAUUCCAAGAGCUGAUCUUGUGUUUGAACCGACGAAAGAAAAUCCUAAGCAAUGUCUUGGUGGUAUUCAGGGUACUCAACCAGAUCCUAAUCAAUGGAUUAUUGGUGAUACUUUUAUUAAGAAUUAUUAUGUAAUAUUUGAUCGAGGAGAAGGUCAAAUUGGUAUAGCACAACGAUCAGAUGUCAAAUAUGAUUAA